GGGCGUCGCGAGCCAUGGCUGUCUACGUCGGGAGGCUGUGCGCCCGGAGCCCGGGGGUGCUGGGGGCCCGGGUCGGCCUCUCCCGGGUUUGGCAGGAAGUGGGGUUGUGGGGCGUCCGUCCCCUCAGGGUUUUGGCACCAAGGCUCCAGGCCCCUGGCACUGAGUGGAAACUGGGGAGUAGGUUGGGGAAAAGAACCUUCUCUCUGAUUAACGACAGGAAGUCAGCCUCCAGUUCUGGAGAGAUGGAUCGCACCGCCACCCUGCCCAUCGGAGGCCUCAGCUAUGUCCAGGGCCAUACCACAUUGCACCUUAUUAACAAGACUGUGGGGCAGUGCCUGGAUGCCACAGCACAGAGGGUCCCGGACCGAGAGGCCUUGGUUGUCCACCACGAAAACAUCAGGUUGACCUUUGCCCAGCUCAAGGAGGAGGUGGACAAAGCUGCUUCUGGGCUCCUGAGUAUUGGCCUCUGCAAGGGUGACCGUCUGGGCAUGUGGGGACCCAACUCCUACGCAUGGGUACUCAUGCAGCUGGCCACGGCCCAGGCAGGCAUCAUUCUGGUGUCUGUGAACCCAGCCUACCAGGCUAUGGAGGUGGAGUAUGCCCUCAAGAAGGUGGGCUGCAAAGCCCUCGUGUUCCCCAGGCAAUUCAAGACCCAGCAUUACUACAACAUCCUGAAGCAGAUCUGUCCAGAGGUGGAGAAGGCCCAGCCAGGGGACUUGAAGAGUCAGAGGCUCCCAGAUCUGACCACAGUCAUCUCGGUGGACGCCCCUCUGCCGGGGACGCUGCUCCUGGAUGAGGUGUUGGCAGCUGGCAGUCAAGAGCAGAACCUGGCCCGGCUCCGGCACACCCAGCAGCUCCUGUCCUGCCAUGACCCCAUCAACAUCCAGUUCACCUCGGGGACGACCGGCAGCCCCAAGGGGGCCACGCUCUCCCACUACAACAUUGUCAACAACUCCAACAUGAUAGGACAGCGCCUGAGACUGUACCAGAAGCCACCAGACAAGUCACGGGUGGUCCUGCCCAACCCCCUGUACCACUGCCUGGGUUCCGUGGGAGGCACAAUGGUGAGCUUGAUGCACGGGGUCACCCUCAUCCUGUCCUCUCCGGUCUUUGAUGGCAAGAAAGCGCUGGAGGCCAUCAGCAGAGAGAGAGGCUCCUUGCUGUAUGGAACUCCCACCAUGUUCGUGGACAUUCUGAACCAACCAGACUUCUCAAGUUAUGACAUCUCAGCCAUGUGUGGAGGUAUGAUCGGUGGGUCCCCUGCAUCCCCAGAGCUGAUCCGAGCCAUCAUCAACAAGCUGAACAUGAAGGAACUGGUGGUGGUUUACGGAUCCACAGAGAACAGUCCCGUGACCUUCAUGAACUUCACCGAGGACGCUGUGGAGCAGAAGGCGGAAAGUGUGGGCAGGAUCAUGCCUCACACAGAGGCCCAGAUCGUGAACACGGAGACGGGGACACUGGCAGAGCUGAACACACCUGGAGAGCUGUGCAUCCGAGGGUACUGCGUCAUGCUGGGCUACUGGGGUGAGCCCUGGAAGACCGAGGAAGCAACUGGACGGGACACGUGGUACUGGACGGGAGACAUUGCCAUGAUGGACGCGCAGGGCUUCUGCAAGAUCCUGGGCCGCUCCAAGGACAUGAUCAUCCGCGGCGGUGAGAACAUCUACCCCGCUGAGCUCGAGAACUUCUUUCACACACACCCACAGGUGCAGGAAGUGCAGGUGGUGGGAGUGAAGGAUGAGCGGAUGGGGGAGGAAAUCUGUGCCUGCAUUCAGCUCAAGAAAGGGGAGAAGACCACAGCGGAGGAGAUCAAGGCUUUCUGCAAAGGGAAGAUCUCCCACUUCAAGAUUCCCCGAUACAUCGUGUUUGUCACAGACUACCCCCUCACCAUCUCAGGAAAGGUCCAGAAAUUCAAACUUCGAGAGCAGAUGGAACAACAUCUAAACCUGUGAAUAAAGGAGUGGGGAGGAUCCUUCCUCCCUGCCCUUCCCCCGCAUCCCCUUGUCGGCUCUGUGAUUUGGCAUAAAGAGCUUCUCUGUUUA